AUGAGGCGCCAGAGCGCGACGCGAGUGGGUGUGUGGAGCAUAAAGCAGUUCCACGGCGGCAAGGAGUACCUGAUGCGCGCGCACUUUGGGCUACCGUCGGUCUCCAACGAGGAGGAGAAGAAGGACAAGCCGCCGAUCACCGUCAAGUUCGAGAUUCCGUACUUUACCGUUUCGGGGAUCCAGGUGCGAUACCUGAAGAUCAUCGAGAAAUCGGGCUACCAGGCGCUGCCGUGGGUGCGCUACAUCACGCAAAACGGAGACUACCAGCUGCGAAUGGGCUGACCGGCCGCGUGAUGGUCGCGCGCAGACCCGCCGGACUGCGGCGCGUCUCGCAGCAGCGUGGCGACAGCGAGGAUCGCUUUGUAAGGGCGCGCGCCGCAGCGGCGCGCGUAUUUUUAUCGACGACUCUUUAUCUCUUCUCUUUUCU